GAAUUGCAAAAUUAUUUUUUUGAAAAAAAAAUAAAAUCAUUACAAAAAAAUGGCAAAUGAACCGAAAAAAUCAUCAACAAAAGAUUCGGCAAAAGAAUCAAAAGAACGAAAAGAUGAUAUGAAAAAAUCGGCUACAAUUGAUCUUGGUUUUUUGGAAGAGGAUGAUGAUUUUGAAGAAUUUCCAGCUGAAAAUUAUGAUAUUUUAGAAAAUGAAGAUAUUGAACCAGUAAAUAUAUGGGAAGAUGAUUGGGAUGAUGAUAAUAUUGAAGAUGAUUUUAGUACUCAACUAAAAUCUGAAUUUGAGAAACGAAAUUUGAUGGGCAAAUGAAUUUUUUUUUAAUUUUAAAAAUUGUAAUUUGUCAUUUUCAAAUUU